AUGAGUACCUCUUAUAAAGAUUACGAAGACGUUAUUGACAUAUUCACUCAACUUGACAAUCUUUCGAAAGAGAGUGAUGUGUCUGUCACGACUCAUCCUCUGCAUGAGGAGACUGAGGAACAAGGCGCCAGAAUGCUGCGGUACAUUAGUGAGACGUCAGCAGUGUGUCCCAAGGAGUCUGGGCAAGAAUUUACACUACUGAAGCCUGUGGAAGACACUGGUGAGAAGUUAGAAGACUCAUCCUCUGUCACGACUUAUCCUCUGCAUGAGGAGACUGAGGAACAAGGCGCCAGUAUGUUGAGGUACAUUGGUGAGACGUCAGCAGUGUGUACCAAGGAGUCUGGGCAAGAAUUUACACUACUGAAGCCUGUGGAAGACUCUGGUGAGAAGUUAGAAGACUCAUCCUCUGUAACGACUUAUCCUCUGCAUGAGGAGACUGAGGAACAAGGCGCCAGUAUGUUGAGGUACAUUGGUGAGACGUCAGCAGUGUGUCCCAAGGAGUCUGGGCAAGAAUUUACACUACUGAAGCCUGUGGAAGACUCUGGUGAGAAGUUAGAAGUGAGUCCCAAGUAUGGGGAAGGAUCUACAGUACUGAGGAGACGAAGGGCUGUACAUAGUGGUGAGAAGUCAAAAGUGAGUCCCAAGUAUGGGGAAGGAUCUACAGUACUGAGGAGACGAAGGGCUGUCCAUAGUGGUGAGAAGUCAGAAGAGAGUCCCAAGUAUGGGGAAGGAUCUACAGUACUGAGGAAAAGGAGGGCUGUACAAAGUGGUGAGAAGUCAGAAGAGAGUCCCAAGUAUGGGGAAGGAUCUCCACUACCGAAGAAACGGAGGGCGGUACGUAGUGGUAUGAAGCCUACGUUAUGUGACCGGUAUCCUGGUGAGAAGUCAGAAGUAUUUCCCAAGUCUGGCCAAGAAUUUCCACUACUUAAGACUGUGGAACAAGGCAGGCUGGGGCAUACUGGUGAGAAGUUAGAAGCGUGUCCAGAGUCCGGGGAAAGAUCUACACUACUGAAGAAGCAAAUGGUGGCAGAUAGGCCGUCAUGUUACCAGUGUGGGAAAACCUUCAGCGACCGCAGUGGCUUAAACAAGCACAUGCUCGUCCAUACUGGCGUUAAAUCUCACGUGUGUGAAGAGUGUGGGAAAAAGUUCCUUCGAAAUGAUUAUUUGCAGCAGCACCUGAUGGCCCACAGUGGUGAUAAACACUUCCUGUGCAAGCACUGCGGGAAAAGAUUCUGCCGACUUGGCAACUUGAAUGAUCACAUGAUGGGACAUAAUGGUGCGAGACCUCACAUGUGUCAUGUGUGUGAUAAACUAUUCAGCAGACCGGACUAUCUGAAGGACCACAUGGUGGUUCAUAUGAUUUGA